GUCAAUUCAAUAUCCACAUCUAUCUUCAAUAUUCUUAGUUUAGAAUACUUCAUCUAAUUAUAGCAUAGUAUUCUUGCUAGCACUACUUAGCUUGAAUUUGAAGAUGGAGAAGAAUAGAGUCUAUGCAAAAACAAGGGAGGUUGAUGAUGAGAUGAAAUGGGUUCAUGAUUCUUCAUUUGAUCAUAAGGGAAGAGUUCCUCUCCGAGCUUCAACCGGUUCUUGGAAAGCCUCUCUCUUCAUUAUUGCAAUUGAGUUUAGUGAGAGGCUUAGCUACUUUGGAAUAGCAACUAGCUUGGUGAUUUACCUGACAAAGGUUAUGCAUCAAGACCUUAAGACAGCAGUUAGGAAUGUGAACUAUUGGUCUGGAGUCACCACUUUGAUGCCACUUUUGGGAGGAUUCUUAGCUGAUUCUUACUUGGGCCGCUACACCACUGUCAUUGGAUCAUGCAUUAUUUAUCUCAUGGGUUUGGUCCUACUUACACUAUCAUGGUUCUUACCAAGUUUAAAGCCAUGUAACCAUGCUAAUACAUGCAUUGAACCAAAGAAGAUUCAUGAAGUAUUCUUCUUCCUAGCAAUAUAUUUAAUAUCAAUAGGAACAGGAGGACAUAAACCAUCUUUAGAGAGUUUUGGAGCUGAUCAAUUUGAUGAUAAUCAUAUUGAAGAAAGAAGACAAAAAAUGUCCUUUUUCAACUGGUGGAAUUGUGGACUUUGUAGUGGACUCAUUCUUGGUGUCACAUUAAUUGUUUAUGUACAAGAUCAUGUGAAUUGGGGUGUUGCUGAUAUUAUUCUCACCUGUGUUAUGGCUUUUUCAUUGGUUAUUUUUGUGAUUGGAAGGAAAAUUUAUCGUUAUAGGAUUCCAAAUGGAAGCCCUUUGACUCCAAUGUUGCAAGUUGUUGUGGCUGCAAUUUCUAAAAGAAAGCUUCCUUAUCCCUCUAAUCCAAGUCAAUUAUAUGAAGUUUCAAAGUUUGAGGGUAAUAAUGGAAGAUUUUUAGCCCACACCAAGAAUCUCAAAUUUUUUGACAAGGCAGCAAUUGUUGAAAAUGAAGAAAAUUACUUAGCAAAGGAACAAAGUCCUUGGAAACUAGCAACAGUAACAAAAGUUGAAGAAAUGAAGCUUAUGAUCAACAUGAUCCCAAUUUGGAUAUUUACUUUACCAUUUGGAAUGUGUGCUGCACAAACAUCAACUUUCUUCAUCAAACAAGGUCAUAUAAUGGAUAGAAAAAUAGGAAACGGUUUUGAGAUUCCAUCAGCUUCAAUUUACACUAUUUCGGCUAUCGGUAUGAUAUUUUCUGUGGCAUUUUACGACAAAAUCCUCGUACCGGUAUUAAGAAAAAUAAGCGGAAACGAAAGAGGAAUGAACAUUCUUCAAAGAAUUGGUGUUGGAAUGGUUUUUUCAAUUUUUACAAUGAUAGUAGCUGCUUUGGUAGAGAGAAAAAGGCUUCAAGUUGUUGAAAUGAAUCCAUCAACCGGUUCACUUUCAAUGAGUGUUUUUUGGUUAGCGCCGCAAUUUCUAAUUAUUGGUUUUGGCGACGGUUUUACACUUGUUGGUUUACAAGAAUAUUUCUAUGAUCAAGUUCCUGAUUCAUUGAGAAGCUUUGGAAUUGGACUUUAUCUUAGUGUGAUUGGAGCUGCAAAUUUACUAUGUAGUUUGUUGAUAACAAUUAUUGAUCAUGUGACAAGUAAAUUUGGAAAAAGUUGGUUUGGUGAAGAUUUGAAUAGUAGUAGUUUGGAUAAAUUUUAUUGGCUAUUGGCAGCUAUAACCACAUUAAACAUGUUUAUGUUUGUGUUUUUUGCUCAAAGGUAUACUUAUAAGAAUGUUCAAAGUGUUGUUGUGGCUGAUUGUUAUGAUGGGAAAAGUGAUGAUGGUGGAGCAGGGAGAAUGGUGUGAAUUAUUAUUUAGUUCUAUUUUCUUGAAUACUAAAAUUUCAUGAAAUUAUAUAUAUAUGUUUGUAUGUACUAUCAAAGUCAUAUACUUUGUAAAUUUGGUUUUUAAUUGUGUGUUAGUUACUUUGGUGUGAGUUUUAAUGAAUAAUAAUCAUAGAAUAUUAUUGAUUGCUUAUUCAAUCCAAGAAUUUCUCAGCUUAUUUCUU